AUGCGGCAGCAUAUGCUCCUUAAACACGGCGAUGUGUUCGGUAAAGCAGACCCGCAGCAACCUAGUGUGUCGGCUAUUUUCACCGCCGCAAAACGUAGCUGUAAUCCCGGCCGGGGAGAGAAAAUCACAACGCUGAUUACAUCAAUGAUCACAAAAGAGAUGCUGCCUCUGAGUUUUGUGGAUCAGAAGGGGUUCCGUGAUCUCAUGGCCUUUAUAGAGCCUGAAUACACGGUGCCAUCGCGGCGCACCAUCACUGCUCGAGUGGAGAAAAUGUACGCGGAGAAAAGGGAGCAGUUAAAGGCCGACCUGGUGACAGCCAAAAAGGUUGCAAUAACAACAGACGCGUGGACUUCCCUCACAACUGAGUCCUACGUUACAGUUACCUGUCACUAUGUGGGAGAUGACUGGGACCUGAAGACAGCGGUGCUGGAGACUCGUAGCUCGGAUGAGAGACACACAGCAGAGAACAUCGCUGCUCAUCUCCGAGCUGUCACUGAGGAGUGGGGAGUUCACGAUAAAGUAGUAGCAUGUGUGCAUGACAAUGCACGCAACAUGGUCCUGGCAAACCAGCAGCUGCUCCAGUGGGAAUCAGUUCCCUGUUUCGCCCAUACGCUACAAUUAGCAAUUAAUGACGGCUUUAAAAAUGUGAACAUCAACCGGGUGGUCGCAGCGUGCAGCAAGUUGAUUUCUCACUUCCACCACAGCACAGUGGCAUCUAAUGCUUUAAAAAUAAAGCAAGCGCUACAAAACCUCCCAACACACAAAUUGAUCCAAUACUGCCGGACACGAUGGAACUCAAUUUUUGAAAUGAUGGAGCGACUGCACGAGCAGAGAUGGGCUGUGACCGCAGCGCUUUCGGACAGGACGGUGACGAAGCUGGCCGAUGCGAGGACCCUUGAGCUGAAGGACGAAAUGUGGAAGAGCGUUGAAGAGAUCUUGCCAUCACUGAAGUCCCUCAAAUGUGCGACCGCAGCUCUCUGCACUGAGACUCAUGUGUCUCUGUCCAUGGUGCUCCCAGUCGCGAAGAGCCUGCUUGAAAAGCAUCUUGAGCCAAUGGAAGGGGAAUCAAAGCUUGUAGUGGACUUCAAGAGAACCGUCGCCGGCUCCCUCCGAACCCGUGUAAGGCCGCUUGAAGAAAAUAUCAGCCAAGCAAUCCUUGCUUCUGCGCUUGACCCGAGACACAAACACCUUCGGUUUUUGGAUCCAGCACUUCGCCUCCGCACCCAAGAGAAGCUGUCGGAACUGCAUGACGGGGUUACAUUGCAAGGCCCAGAUGACAUGGGGGAAAGUAGUGAAGCACAAGCCUGCAGCGUCGAAAGCACUUCAGAGGCACUUGACACCCUCUUCGGGGAGGACUACUACGUAAAUACUAGCGACGUCAACGAGCUAGAAGCGUAUUUCAAUGAGCCAUGCAUCCGUCCACAUCAAAACCCCAUGGAGUGGUGGAAGUCAAACGGGGAUCGGUACAAAAAACUGAGCGUUCUGGCAAAGCAGCACCUGGUUAUCCCCGCCACCUCCGUGCCAGCGGAGCGAGUGUUCUCUGCCGCGGGACUGAUAGUUAAUAGAAUGCGCUCUCGUCUGUCUCCAGAGCACGUCGAUAUGCUGGUGCCAAUCAGUCAGUCUCCUGCAAUGGAAGCAGAGUCCAAGAAGCUCCCUGCUGCAGAAGACACUUCACCUAACGAGUCCGAUUUUGCGGAUAAUGUUGGGACACAGGUAAUAGCGAAGUGA